GCCGCUCCGCGGGAGCCGCGGGGACAGAGGUGAAGGAGAAGCGGAGCCUGUCCCGCUGCCCCGCAUCCUUCCCUCGGGAAUGGCUCUGCAGGGCCGCCCCCCUGCCCGGCCAGCUCGGCUGCACGGCCCGCGGGGUUCCACCCUUUCGCAGAAGCAUCUGAACAGCCAUGGCAAUCGCUUUUACACCUCUUUCUUCCCAGCAGAUCAAUGACACCCCGAAAGAAGUUAAAGGGUCUUGUAGCUGCUACCAUCACUCCAAUGACUCCGGAUGGCAAAAUUAACCUCACGGUGAUUCGCCAGUACGUGGAUUAUCUGGUAAAUGAGCAGAAUGUGAAGAAUGUUUUUGUGAAUGGCACAACAGGAGAAGGCCUGUCCCUUAGCAUCCAGGAGAGGAAGCAGUUGGCAGAAGAAUGGAUGUGCCAGGGAAAAGACAAAUUGGACCACGUGAUCAUUCAUGUGGGAGCACUGAAUCUGCCAGAGUGCCAAGAGCUGGCAAGACACGCAGCAGCCAUAGGUGCUGGUGGCAUUGCUGUCAUAGCCCCCUUCUUCUUCAAACCCACAAACAAAGAUGAGCUGGUUGCUUUCUUACAGAAGGUUGCAUCUGAAGCCCCUGAGGUGCCAUUUUAUUACUAUCACAUUCCUCCUCUGACGGGUGUGAAGAUUCGUGUGGAAGAGUUGCUGGAUGGGAUAAAAGCACAGAUCCCCACCUUCCAGGGUGUGAAGUUCAGUGACACAGAUCUCUUGGACCUGGCACAGUGCAUAAACAAGAAUGAAACAGGAGAGUUUGAAUUUCUUUAUGGGGUGGAUGAGCAACUGUUGAGUGCACUGGCAGUAGGGGCAAAUGGAGCAGUUGGAAGUACAUACAACUAUUUGGGCCGACAAACCAAUCUGAUGUUGCAAGCCUUUGCAAAGCCAGACUUUGCCUUGGCACAGCGGUACCAGUUUCUGACUGGGGAAUUUCUCAAUUUUGUCAUCAAACUGGGUUUUGGUGUUGCACAGACUAAAGCUGUAAUGACUUUUGUUUCUGGCAUUCCCAUGGGACCUCCACGGCUUCCCCUUGUUGGUGCCUCCAGUGAGUUCAUCGUCAAGGCCAAAGCCAAGCUGGACAGCAUUGUGUGGCCUAAAGGUGACUGAUCAUAGAGUCAUGGAAUCAUUAAGGCUGAGAAAGACCUCCAAGAUCAUCAGGACCAACCAUUAACCUGACACUCCUGGGUCCACCACUAAGGCACAUCCCCAAGAUCCACAUGUAUGAUGUUGUUCACUUCCAUGUCGAUCUGGAGGUUUCUUUUCUGGGAUUCUCUGCCAUAUGGCACAUCCCCCACAUGAUGGGCAGGAUUUCUUUCAGGGAACUGGCAAUGUGCCCAAGACCCUUCCUGUUAGGGCUGGCUUUGCUGGGGCACACAUGGCCUGACAUUUUACCCUGCUCCCCUGGAACUCCAUGUUCCAGGACUGACUGGGCUUGUUUAGUAAAAAAUAGCAAAUUUUUCCCAGUUAGAGGAGUGGGCUGAUGACUUUUGUCUAGAAAGGAGGAAGAUCUAUCUCUAGCCCCUCUCAGCUGGAUGGUGUUUUGUCCUCUCCAUGAGGAUACUACACUGUGGGUUUAAACAACAGUAUGACACCAGCAGGUUGCUCAGGCUGGUAUCUGUUCAUCAAAGUCACUGGGAUGUUGUCUGUGCAUGUAAAAUCCUGCUUCUGUCUGAUCUCUGUAUUUAUACACCUUAAUGCAAAAUUUUAAAAAAAAAAUUACUUCUGUAAUAGCAAGCUUUGGAUCACUAAUAAGCAGGUAUUUCUCAAUUUUUUUUUCCUUAAGACAGAAAUAAAGCUACGACUGAGCUGUA